UAUAAAAUAAGAUGCGUACUGGUAGGGCAGGUAACUUGUUCGGUGUGGGCGUCCCGAAGUGGGACAGUGCUUCUUGGAUCUCGUUUUGUUUUCGGAUAAACAAGUGUGUUCAGUGUGAGAGGUGUUCAACCGGCCAAAAUGUUCGGAGUGGCCAAAACCUGGGUUUGGUCACUGUUGGUGAUGGCUUCGCUCAAGCGGGCCUACACGGUGGACUACUGUGACUCCAGCAUCUGCUUCGGUGGUGUGCCCAACAUCGGUUGCGACAAUAACGGCAAGCUGAGCAAGUCCUGUCCGAAGGAUGCCAAAAUCAUCGAAGUGACCGACGAGCUGAAGCAGCUGAUUCUGGACACUCACAACAACUACCGUAGCACGUUGGCCACCGGUGGAGUUAAAUGGUUGCCCAAGGCUGCCGCUAUGCCCACCUUGACUUGGGACAAUGACUUGGCUGCUACAGCGCAGAUGAAUGCCAACCGUUGCGAACGAGGACAUGACAAGUGCCAUAACACGCAGGAAUAUUUGAAUUCCGGUCAGAACUUGAACUACAUCGCCACCAGUGCCGAUACGAUCGACGUUAAGGAUCAGCUUCCGAAACUGAUCAGCAGCUGGUGGGAUGAACGCCACGACGUCAACAAGAACAUGGUCAACACGAUGUACGACCCGGGCAAGAGCGUGAUGGUGUUCCACUUCGCCGUCCUUGGAAGCGAUAAGGUCAACAAAGUCGGAUGCGGUAUGGCUCAAUGGACCAUCGAGAACGGUUGGCUGCAGCUGUACUUGGUCUGCAAUUACUCGUUCAAUGACUUCAUUGGCAUUCCAAUCUACGUUAAGGGUGCACCUUGCUCCAAGUGCCAGAAGGGAUGUAACCCCAAGUUCGCCGGGUUGUGUAACGAAGAUGAACCGGUACCACAGUUGAUCGAUUAUCCGGCUCCACAGGCCUAAUUGUGGUGAUCUGACCCCAUAGAACAGAACAGCAGUUGAGUAAAUAUGUUUUCGAAAAUUUUGAAUGUUAAAAACCAAACCACUGACCCGAUGCGUGAAAACGAUAAAUGGUAAAUAAAAAUAGGUGAUUGGGAA